UUUUGUCUUCCCGGAAUGAGCGGUGCAGCGAACUCGGCGACAGUGGCCGAAGCUCGAAGAGGAAUCAAAAGCUCAGCGAGUGAUUCCCGAUUCGCUGCUUCGCUUCGGGACCCUGAAGAGGACGUCCAGGACUCGUGGGAUCUUCGGAGCGGCGACAUUUUCAUCGUUUCCUCGGGCAUUUUAAUAACCCGAAUUGCGGCGAAGACGCCACGCCACGCAUACGCAAGGGAGGAAAGCCGGAGGACUCGGGCCAGUGCGUUCCCAGAUUUCGCGGCGAGAGGAGCGCGCGACACACCAUUCGGCGUCCCCAUCUUCCAAGACACCGCUCGACCAACACCAGAUAAACGAAAUCGCCCAACAAUCCGAAAACCGUAUCGCUUCCACUGCAUUCUGAACACAUCAGCUUUCGCCAUGGCUUUGCUAAUCAAGGUUCUUCUUUGUUGUGCGGUCGUCUACUCGGCUCUGGCGCAGGACGCUGGCGACCAAUCACCGAAAUCCCGCAUCUCCGACCAACAGUUGAACAUGGCUUUGAGCGACGAGCGCUACUUGAGGAGGCAGCUUAAGUGCGCCCUGGGCGAAGCUCCCUGCGAUCCCGUGGGACGCCGUUUAAAGAGUCUGGCACCUCUGGUCCUGAGAGGCACUUGCCCCCAAUGCACGGCCGAGGAAACACGACAGAUCAAAAAAGUUCUAUCCCACGUCCAGAGAGCCUUCCCGAAGGAGUGGUCCAAAAUCGUCCAGCAAUACGCAGGAUUUUAGACGGGAACGGCCAGCCCGAAAGGACGCCGAUCACUUGGAUAUCGUCUCUUUUAAGUGAAUACAAAUGCAAAAAGGAAACGUCCGAAAUUGGCGCACAAUCGCGUCGUGAUAAGGGGAUGUGGAAGUGACAUCCGAAGGGUCAAUCGUUCAUAAAACAUUUCUCCAAACUGAGUGUACCGAAACGUUUCAAACAUCACAACGUGAAU